CUGAGAGACAGCAAGAGCGAGGGAAGAGUGGGGAAAAAGCAAAGGGGAAAACAGAACUAAAUAAAGAACUGACAAGCACAAGAAUAAAAACAAACAAGAAGAUUUUCCAAAUUCCUGGAUUCUUUUUACAAGGAGCCAUGGACUACUCCCAGAGCCCCCCAUGGAUCCAUCUGGCGCUGUGCAUUUCAAUAGCGGCACGUGUCGGCCAUUGCCUGACAGAUGGAUCCUUGGACUCCAGACCAGCUUCCUCCUCUGACUUCUCUCCUGAUCACUGGGGCUCAGAAGAGUCAGAGAGACCCUCUGCACCAGCACUCUCCUGUGAUUUUGAGGCUCCCUGCUCCUGGACCCUGUCCAAUCACAGCGCAGGAGGGGACUGGCUUGUCACGUCGCCACAGCAACCCUGGUCCAGCUCACAGAACAGGCAGCCGGGCACCGACCACUCCACUGGCGGCUCUGACGGUCACUUUCUGCUCCUUGCAGUAGGGGGCGCUGCUGUGGGCUGUGAGUUUGUGCUAACGAGCCCGGUGUUGCUGCGCAGUGCCGCGGGGUGCCGGCUGCAGCUUGCCCGGUACCAGCCAGAACCGAGCCGGGGGAACCUGUCAGUCCAGAUCAGAGACGCCAACACCAACCAGGUCAGCAGGUCCCUGCAGCUCAAGGACUGGGACCAGGACAGCCGCAGAGGGCAGUGGGAGGUGCUGGCGGCUGCUGUUGGACAGAGGGAGGCUGCGUUUCAGAUCAUCCUUCUCUACUCCUCGUGUGGCAGCGAAGCCCCAGGGACAUUGGGGCUAGACUCACUGGAACUGAAAAACUGCAAGACAGGUGGCCCUUCCCCCCAGCAUGGCUGUAUCGAGGGGGUCUCCUUCCCUUGCGCGAUGGGCAGCUGCAUCGACGGGAGCAGAGUGUGCGACUUCCACAGAGACUGCCCCCUAGAGGAUGACGAGGGCACUGUCUGCGAGUCUCUGCCCCUCGGCUCACACUGCUCUUUCGAGUCUGGUCUGUGUGGCUGGUCACUUUCCAGUGACCCAUCCCCCUCGCCCUCCUGGUCACUGGUUAGCUCUCAUGACCUCGCCACCAGUUCAGACAUCCUGGGAUCCACUCUGCAGACCACAGGAGGUCACUUCCUGUUCCUGCAGGUGCGCAGUGAUGUCACAGCAGGCAGUGCAGUUGCCCAGAGCUACACCUUUCCAUCCACCUAUAGCAGCAGGGAGUGCCAGGUGCAGUUCUCGCUCUAUGUCUUCGGUGUGUAUAACGGGACAGUGUCUCUGUCAGUCCAGGAGGACAGCACUCUGGGGGUGUCUCCACUGGUGUGGGAACGGGCUGGCAGCUGGAAGGACAGCUGGCUGAAGCUGACCCUGCAGCUCCCUGACAUCCUGCACAGAUUCCACCUGACUCUGAGGGCGGUGUGGGGCCCUGGUUCAAGAGCUGACCUCUCUGUGGACGAGAUAACGCUGGGGGCUUCCUGCUUCGACACAAAUGAGAGCCCCUUGUUCCCAAGACACAAGUUGCAGCUGGACAGUGUGAGUGACCUUGGUGUCUUCAACCCCCUGCCAGAGCCCUCCUCCUCUGAGGAGUCUACGUGGUGGUUCACCUCGUGCGGGGCCAGUGGCCCCCGGGGCCCCACGCAGGCGCAAUGUGACAGCGCAUACCGGAACACCAAUGUGAACGUGAGCGUGAGUGUUAGCGUGAGCGUGGGCGAGGGCAGGGAGCUGCCUCUGCGGGGGGUGCAGAUGUGGAGAGUGCCCGCCUCCAACCGCUACAUGAUCUCUGCGUACGGCGCUGCGGGAGGGAAGGGAGCGAAGAAUCACAACAAGCGCUCCCAUGGAGUCUUCAUCUCUGCUGUCUUCCCUCUGGAGAAGGACGAUGUCCUCUACAUACUGGUGGGACAGCAGGGGGAAGAUGCCUGCCCAGGGAGGAACCCCCUGACUCAGCAGAUCUGCCUGGGGGAGUCCUCGGUGAUUGAAGAUGAGUUCAGUGGGCGUGGUGGCAUGGUGGAGUGGGCGGGAGGUGGCGGUGGAGGGGGCGGAGCCACAUACAUCUUCAGGAAGGAUAGCGGCUCUCUGGUUCCCCUGCUGAUCGCUGCGGGCGGCGGGGGGAAGGCGUACCUGGAGGACCCCGAGAGAGGUCUGGAUGACAUCCCGCUGGAGCAGUACGAGAACAGCACGGCCGUGCCUGGAGUCAACGGGCUGACGGGGGUGGCAGGUGGAGGGGGCGGCUGGGGUGACGUCACCAGAUACGUCUCGGGGGGGAAGUCUCUCCUGCAGGGGGCGGAGGGGGGGUCGUCCUGCCCCCAGGCCCUCUCCAAACUUGCCUGGGCCACCUUCGGGGGCUUUGGGGGGGGGGGGGGGUCCUGUACUGCGGGAGGUGGAGGCGGAGGCUACAGAGGCGGGGACGCGGCGGAGACUGAUGACAUCACAGCGGACGGGCAGGACGGGAUCUCCUUUGUGAAUCCUAUUGGAGAGAUCUUUCUGCAGCCACUGGCCGCGAUGGAGAGCCACGGCGAGGCUGAGAUCAAGGUACAGCUGAACUGCAGCCACUGUGAGUCCGAGACCUGCAAACGAGACAAGGAGACCAAACUCAUCACCUGUCUGUGUGACAACGGGGAGGAGCUGGCCAGCAACAAUGUCACCUGCACAGCUCCGCGAGGCCCUGCUCCAGAGAGACACCUCUCCUUGCCUCUGAUCCUGGCGGUGGUGGUAUCGACAGUCGUGACUGGCGCCCUGCUGGCCUGCGUCAGCCUCACUCUGAUUUAUUAUCGGAAGCAGCAGCAGCUGCAGGAGGUCCGUGUGCGUCUGCAGAGUCCGGAGUACAAGCUCAGUAAGAUCCGCACCUCCACCAUCAUGACGGACUACAACCCCAACUACUGCUUCACGGGCACCACGGCCUCGCUGAACGAUCUCAAAGAGGUGCCACGCAAGAACAUCACCCUGCUCAGGGCGCUGGGUCACGGUGCGUUCGGGGAGGUCUAUGAAGGCAAGAUACUGGGAAUCUCAGGGGAGAACAGCCCACUGCCGGUGGCCAUCAAGACACUCCCUGAGAUCUGCUCCGAGCAGGAUGAGAUGGACUUCCUCAUGGAGGCGCUAAUCAUGAGUAAGUUCAGUCACCAGAACAUCGUGCACUGUGUGGGCGUGUCUCUGCAGACUCUGCCUCAUUUCAUCUUACUGGAGCUCAUGACAGGAGGGGACAUGAAGAGCUUCCUGAGACAGAACCGACCCAAAUCCAGCCACGCCUCCUCUCUCAGCAUGCUGGAGCUGCUCCACAUGGCCCGAGACAUCGCCUGUGGCUGCAGAUACCUGGAGGAGAACCACUUCAUUCACCGGGAUAUCGCCGCUCGGAACUGUCUGCUGUCGGGCUCCGGCUCCACCAGGGUGGCUAAGAUCGGAGACUUUGGGAUGGCCCGAGACAUAUACAGAGCCAGUUACUAUCGGAAGGGGGGCCGUGCGAUGCUGCCUGUGAAGUGGAUGCCCCCUGAAGCGUUCCUGGAGGGGGUCUUCACCUCCAAAACAGACACCUGGUCGUUUGGGGUGCUGCUGUGGGAGAUCUUCUCUCUGGGAUACAUGCCGUACCCCUGCAAAACCAACCAGGAGGUGCUGGAGUUCGUGACCAGCGGGGGCAGGAUGGACCCCCCUAAGAGCUGCCCUGGGCCAGUAUAUCGCAUCAUGACGCAAUGCUGGCAGCACUGCCCUGAGCGUCGGCCCAACUUCCCCACCAUUCUGGAGAGGAUCACUUACUGCACUCAGGACCCCGAUGUCAUCAACACUCCUCUCCCGAUGGAGUUCGGGCCCCCUGCCGAGGAGAGCAGCACAGUCAUGCAACCUCAGAGAUCAGGGGGCGUGACCCUGCUGCUGGGCACCUCGACCCUGACCCCUGAGCCUGACAUUGACCCUGACACUGGCCCCGCCCCCCCAACGCCGCCAGGCCCCUCCUCCUCCGGCAGCCAGAAGCUGAAGAACAAAACCAAGAACCUGUGGAACCCGACCUACGGGUCCUGGGUACUGGAGAGCCUGGGCAGAGGCAAGCGUUCUCAGCCCCCAGCCCCUGCCACCGCCUGCCCCCCUGCUCCUGCUCCGGCCCCGGCUACAGCGGCCACACUGCCCCCCGAGAGAGAGGACUCGGGGUUCGACGGGAACGGCAGCUCCUCCCCCCCCAGCUCCCGGGGCUCCCCCUCCCCGCCGCCCACCGCAAGCCCCCCCUCCUCUUGCGGGGGGGUGGAACUGGUCAAGCUGCAGAACUUCCCCUGCGGAAAUGUCAACUACGCAUAUGACGAGGAGAGCCUGCCCUGCGUGGAUCCCAGUGCUAGUGCUGGGAGCUCUGGGGUCCCAGUUCCCCCCACUGCUGCAGCCUCUGCAGGGGUCUCCAAAGCUCCGGCACACCCCCGGCCCUGCCACAGCGAGGAGGGAGCCCACCUGCUCGGCAAACCAGAGAUACCCACCCGUGACCGGGACUCGGGAUUCUCGCUGUCUGAGGACCUGAGCGUGACGCCCGUGUGAGAGGAGAGAGACUCUGCAACGCAGAGGAGAUCACAACCUAGCAGAGACACACACAGAGGAGAUCACAACCCAGCAGA